GGUGCAAGUUGAAUUCUAUAUGAAUGAAAACACAUUUAAAGAAAGACUGAAGCUCUUCUUCAUCAAAAACCAAAGAUCAAGUCUGAGAAUACGGUUAUUCAACUUCUCUCUCAAGCUACUAAGCUGUUUCUUGUACAUAGUUCGUGUGCUCCUGGAUGAUCCUACACAAGGACUUGGAUGGUCUCCCAUUAUCUGGGUGAAUCGAAGCUUACCUUUAUGGGGAUUACAGGUGUCUGUGGCUUUAAUAAGUCUCUUUGAAACUCUGCUGCUAAGUUAUCUAAGCUACAAGGGAAAUAUCUGGGAACAAAUUCUGAGAAUACCCUUUCUCCUGGAAAUUAUUAAUGCUGUCCCUUUCAUCAUCACGAUUUUCUGGCCAGUCCUAAGAAACCUGUUUAUUCCUGUAUUUUUAAAUUGUUGGCUGGCAAAGCAUGCUUUAGAGAAUAUGAUUAAUGAUCUUCACCGAGCCAUCCAACGCACACAGUCUGCAAUGUUUAACCAAGUCCUCAUUUUAAUAUCUACCUUAUUAUGUCUUAUCUUCACUUGUAUUUGUGGAAUUCAGCAUCUGGAACGAGCAGGAAACAGGUUGACUCUCUUUGACUCCCUUUAUUUCUGCAUAGUGACAUUUUCCACUGUGGGCUUUGGGGAUGUUACACCCAAGAUAUGGCCUUCAAAGCUGCUUGUUGUCAUAAUGAUCUGUGUUGCUCUUGUGGUGCUGCCCAUACAGUUUGAACAACUGGCAUAUUUAUGGAUGGAGAGACAAAAGUCCGGUGGAAACUACAGUCGAUACAGAGCUCAGACAGAAAAACAUGUUGUGCUGUGUGUAAGCUCUCUGAAGAUUGACUUACUUAUGGAUUUCUUGAAUGAAUUCUAUGCUCACCCCAGAUUGCAGGACUAUUAUGUUGUUAUUUUGUGUCCUACCGAGAUGGAUGCUCAGGUCCGAAGGGUGUUACAAAUUCCAAUGUGGUCCCAAAGAGUUAUCUACCUGCAAGGCUCAGCACUGAAGGAUCAAGACCUGUUGAGAGCAAAAAUGGAUGAUGCUGAAGCUUGUUUCAUCCUGAGUAGCCGCUGUGAGGUGGACCGGACAGCAGCUGAUCAUCAAACCAUUUUAAGAGCAUGGGCAGUUAAAGACUUUGCUCCAAAUUGUCCUUUGUAUGUCCAAAUACUGAAACCUGAGAAUAAAUUCCACAUCAAGUUUGCAGAUCAUGUUGUGUGUGAAGAAGAAUUCAAGUAUGCUAUGCUAGCUCUAAAUUGCAUAUGCCCAGCUACUUCUACAUUAAUCACACUGCUAGUUCAUACAUCUAGGGGACAGGAGAGUCAGCAAUCACCAGAACAAUGGCAGAAGAUGUAUGGCAGAUGCUCUGGUAAUGAAGUGUAUCAUAUUAACCUGGAAGAAAGUACUUUUUUUGCUGAGUAUGAGGGGAAGAGCUUCACAUAUGCUUCUUUCCAUGCACAUAAAAAGUUUGGAGUCUGUCUGAUUGGGGUUAGAAAGGAAGAUAACAAAAACAUUUUGCUGAAUCCAGGUCCUCGUUAUAUCAUGAGUUCUACAGAUAUAUGCUUUUAUAUAAAUAUCACCAAAGAAGAGAAUUCUGCUUUUAAGAAGCCAGAAAAGCAUAGAAAAACACAUGGAUCAAAAUUAUCUUAUCAUGGAACUUCUAGGUUACCAGUACACAGUAUAAUAGCCAGCAUGGGGACUGUGGCUAUCGAUUUGCAAGACACAGGAUGCCGAACGUCCAGCGGCCCCACGCUGGCACUUCCUCCCGAGGGAGGUAAGGAGGGCAGACGGCCCAGUAUAGCACCUGUUUUGGAGGUUGCAGACUCAUCCUCACUUCAGACAUGUGACCUGCUAAGUGACCAGUCAGAAGAUGAAACUACCCCCUCAGAUGAUGAAGUCUCUGCAGGCUUAGAGUAUGCCAAAGGUUAUCCUCCUUACUCUCCAUAUAUCGGAAGUUCUCCCACAUUUUGUCAUCUUCUGCAUGAAAAAGUACCUUUCUGUUGUUUGAGACUAGAUAAGGGAUGCCAACAUAACUACUAUGAAGAUGCCAAAGCCUAUGGAUUCAAAAAUAAAUUAAUUAUAGUUGCAGCAGAAACUGCUGGAAAUGGCUUAUACAACUUCAUUGUUCCACUACGAGCUUAUUACCGACCAAAGAAAGAACUAAAUCCCAUUGUAUUACUCCUGGACAACCCGCCAGAUAUGCAUUUUCUGGAUGCAAUCUGUUGGUUUCCAAUGGUUUACUACAUGGUGGGCUCUAUCGACAACCUAGAUGACUUAUUAAGAUGUGGGGUCACCUUUGCAGCUAAUAUGGUGGUGGUGGACAAAGAAAGCACAAUGAGUGCUGAGGAAGACUACAUGGCAGAUGCGAAAACUAUUGUAAAUGUUCAAACACUCUUCAGGUUGUUCUCAAGCCUAAGCAUUAUCACAGAACUAACUCACCCAGCCAACAUGAGAUUCAUGCAGUUCAGAGCCAAAGACUGCUAUUCUCUUGCUCUAUCCAAAUUAGAAAAGAAAGAACGGGAGAAGGGAUCUAAUCUGGCAUUUAUGUUUCGACUACCCUUUGCUGCUGGGAGGGUUUUCAGCAUCAGUAUGUUGGAUACACUGCUUUAUCAGUCGUUUGUGAAAGAUUAUAUGAUUUCUAUCACAAGACUUCUGCUGGGACUUGAUACCACACCAGGAUCUGGGUUUCUUUGUUCUAUGAAAAUCACAGAAGAGGAUCUGUGGAUUAGGACAUAUGCCAGACUGUAUCAGAAACUUUGCUCUUCUACGGGAGACAUUCCAAUUGGAGUCUAUAGGACAGAACCCCAAAAGCUUACAACAUCUGAG